AUGACCCGCCAGAGCCUGUGGGAAGUGUCCGAGGCCGACAUCGAGGAUGGGGAGAUUCGCAUCAAUGUGGGCGGCUUCAAGAGACGGCUGCGUUCCCACACGCUGCUGCGCUUCCCCGAGACGCGCCUGGGCCGUCUACUCCUCUGCCACUCGCGAGAGGCCAUUCUGGAACUCUGCGACGACUACGACGACGUCCAGCACGAGUUCUACUUCGACCGCAACCCGGAGCUCUUCCCCUACGUCUUGCAUUUCUACCACACCGGCAAGCUUCACGUCAUGGCUGAGCUGUGCGUCUUCUCCUUCAGCCAGGAGAUCGAGUAUUGGGGUAUCAAUGAGUUCUUCAUCGACUCCUGCUGCAGUUACAGCUAUCAUGGCCGCAAAGUGGAACCUGAGCAGGAGAAGUGGGACGAACAGAGUGACCAGGAGAGCACCACGUCCUCCUUUGACGAGAUCUUGGCCUUCUAUAAUGAUGCUUCCAAGUUCGACGGGCAACCCCUGGGCAACUUCCGCAGGCAGCUCUGGCUGGCAUUGGACAACCCGGGCUACUCAGUCCUAAGCAGGGUCUUCAGUGUCCUGUCCAUCCUGGUGGUGUUGGGAUCUAUCAUCACCAUGUGCCUCAAUAGCCUGCCCGAUUUCCAAAUCCCUGAUAGCCAGGGCAACCCCGGUGAAGACCCCAGGUUCGAAAUCGUGGAACAUUUCGGCAUCGCCUGGUUCACAUUUGAGUUGGUGGCCAGGUUUGCUGUGGCCCCUGACUUCCUCAAGUUCUUCAAGAACGCUCUCAACCUUAUUGAUCUCAUGUCCAUCGUCCCCUUUUACAUAACUCUAGUGGUGAACCUGGUGGUGGAGAGCUCCCCUACCUUGGCUAACUUGGGCAGGGUGGCUCAGGUCCUCAGGCUGAUGAGGAUCUUCCGAAUUCUCAAGCUGGCCAGACACUCCACGGGCCUCCGCUCCUUGGGAGCCACCCUGAAAUACAGCUACAAGGAAGUGGGGCUGCUCUUGCUCUACCUCUCAGUGGGGAUUUCCAUCUUCUCGGUGGUGGCCUAUACCAUCGAAAAGGAGGAGAACGAGAGCCUGGCUACCAUCCCUGCCUGCUGGUGGUGGGCUACUGUCAGUAUGACCACUGUUGGCUAUGGAGAUGUGGUCCCAGGGACCACAGCCGGGAAGCUGACUGCCUCAGCCUGCAUCUUGGCAGGCAUCCUGGUGGUGGUCUUGCCGAUCACCUUGAUCUUCAAUAAGUUCUCCCACUUUUACCGGCGCCAAAAGCAACUUGAGAGUGCUAUGCGCAGCUGUGACUUUGGAGAUGGGAUGAAGGAGGUCCCUUCAGUCAAUUUAAGGGACUAUUAUGCCCAUAAAGUUAAAUCUCUCAUGGCAAGCCUGACUAACAUGAGCAGGAGUUCACCCAGUGAACUGAGCUUGGAUGAUUCUCUACAUUAGCUGGGAGGGGUUGUUAUCCCCUGGCGUGCAUUGCUGACCUGCCUCUUGUGCCGUUGGCACAAUCCAGGCACCGUGGGGUUCUGGCAUAAGAAGCCAACCCUACCCUAGAGGGAGAGCUGCAUGGGAUAUGAGCCCUAGGUUGUUUUUGCGAUGUUUAGAGUCGUUUUUUUAAAAAGAGGAUGGUGUAUCUAACGCCAUGCCUUUGCAGCCUCCAAUGAAAUGGCCCUCGCUGGUCUUUGCAUCAUGGGCGCAAAAUGUUCAUCUUUCUGUCAGAUAAGUGUCUAGAAUGCCAGUUUCUCUGUCCACUGUGUACACUAUUCUAGUGUUUAUGCCCCAGUACUAACUGUGAGUAGAGCUGUCUGUGCUUCUA